CAAAAGUACCUGUCAAAGCGAAAACAGAUGGCCACUUGGCGUGAUGGUCGAAAACAUGAAAAGAUUUAUAUUUUAUAAGAAGGCAGCAGUGAGCAGGCAGAUGUCGGGAUGUGACUGUCAGCGGAGGACUUUGGAGGACUGGUGACCAAGCAUGUGGAAAGAACCUUCAGAACAAACAGAUAAAUAAGGUGGAAACAAGGCAGCUGCGGAUGCAGAUAACGACUCAACGCGCACCCAUCAGUGUGAUUUACAGUCCAGUUGGCAAUGGUUUUGCUGGUGGCGGAUUAAUAAACAGUCAUAAAGCUUUGGGAGAACGGCUGUGUGUGUUGCAGGACGACGAGGGUGAAGGCACUGAUAGAAGAAAAAGGAGGAGAGAGGGAGAGUGUAACGGAGAGAGAAGUGAGUAGAUAAAGCCAGGAUCAUGAGUGCACUGCCUUACGACUCGCUGUCGGCUCGGCCGAGUCCCAGCAGACAAGCUUUGGACUGGGAGCGUGAGCAGCUAGCUGUGCGACGACUGUCUUCACGGAGUCUUGACCUGCUGACUCCGCCUCCUCUUCCUCGUCGACCCUCUGCUAUCCCUGGCUACCUGCUGCCUCCAUACCAAGGUCAGGAGGAGCAGCUCAGCCUGCAGCAGCAGCAACAGCAGCGUCUCUCCUUGUCCGUGUGCUCAGAAGCCUCCCUGGCGCCCCCUGCUCCUCCACCUGUGGGUGCUGGCCCACCCUGCUGCCAUUCCGUGGGAGUCAUGCACCUCUUGCGUCUGGGUCUCCUAGCCUUCAGCUGCCUCUUCUGGGCAGCUGGACUGGCUAUCUUCACACUGGGUGUGUGGGCUCAAAUUUCCCUGGCAGACUACAUGAUGCUCUCCGCCAACCGCUACCCCAAUGCCCCGCUCAUCCUUCUGUCCACAGGUGCGGCCAUCACAGCAUGGGGCUUCCUGGGUUGCCUGGGGGUGGCUGCAAACCUGCCUUGCGUGCUAAGGGCUUACGGCUUCUUUCAGCUUGCUGCACUUGUAGCCGGUUUGGCAGCAGGACUCUCGGGCCUCUUUUACCGUGAAGAAAUUGCCGGUGGAUUUCGCAGCGGUUUACAGCGAGCAGUGGCGGGCUACACAGAGGAUGAAGGCCGUGCCGACGCUCUAGACAGCCUGCAGAGGGCUCUGAAGUGUUGUGGAGCUGAUGGUUGGCGCGACUGGCUUGUGUCUGACUGGGCUAUCCAGCAUAUGAACUUCCUGCCCAUUGAGAACGGGACCUCGGUGUCCUUGCCCGACAGCUGCUGCGUGAGGCGAAAGGGUUGCAAGAAUCGGCCUCUUCUGGCAGAUGAUGGUGACGGCGUGGCUGCUGCGGGGAUCCAUCCGCAUGGCUGCUUCCGCAAAGUCUUCAGCUUGGUCAAUGACAAUGUCUUCCAUAUUGCUGCUACUGUGCUGGGGUUAGCCUUCACACAGAUUGGAGGCAUUGCCCUGGCUUGUCUGUUAGCCAAUAAACUGGCACCGAGACAGCAUGGACGUGUAGUAGCACAUUAAUACUCUAUCUAAUUAAUAAGGCUAGCUGGUGGAUUGGCCAUUUGAGUUUAAUAGAGUUGGGAAGUUUGAAAACCCCCAGGAAUUUGUAGGACUUAUAUAGCACUAAAAGUAACUCAAACAUAUGACACAUGAUUCUUUGACAAAACAGUCGAAGGUCCAAACUUGUGCUCAGAAAUCCAGCACAUCUCUUAAAUUCCUUCACUGUCCUUCUUUACAGCUUGAUGAGGGAAGCUACAGAUAGCAUUUUCCUGAAAAAUUUAAUACCUUGGGGCUGAAGAUUCUAUAGAUUACCAAACUGAUCAUUGUGUAGUUAACAUUUACUUUAAAAUGAAGUAUUACAGGAAAAAAAUGCAUAUUGCAACUAUAAUGUUCUUCUUAUAUUAUCCUUCAGUGGUUUCAGUCAAAUUACUACUUUUGUGCGUCACUUUUCCCUUUGCAGCUGUAUUACCCUCACUGGCCUCAGCAUGAAUAAUGGAGGUUGUCUUCUCAUGAUAUGUUUUUUGUGCUACAUGCAACAGCGUAGGAACAACUUUGCGUAACAGACUUCAGAUCUCACCUGGUGGCAGUACAGUGGGACAUUUUCUCCUUUUGCUGUAUGAAUUAAUUAAGAAAUGUUUAAAUUACGGCAUGAAAUAAUAUACCUCUCUGUGUACAGUAUUACAUAUUUGAUCCUUGGACCUUUUCACUUCUGGCACACCUCAGUCCUAAAUGCACAGGAAUGUUCACCAGCUGUUUUCCACUUUGAUUGUUUAGUCUGGCUGCGCUCACAGAUGUUUGUAUCUACUUCAUUUAGUUUUCCCAUCUCAGAGAUCACCCUGCACUGGUUUUGGUGCUGGUUUUAAUAUUACUGUCUGGUAUUUUGUGUUGUUUUUACACCCAGUAGUGCGUACUAAUUUCCACUGUGUCAAGUGCGUUGGUUAGAGAGUUUGUUAAAUUAUGACUGCUUUCGAACAGUUUCUUCCAGAUGUCACUGUGUUGUUCCAAAGCACAUCAUUGAAAGGUAUGAGCAGAAACAUACACUACUGGCAUGAAACAACAAGCGACAGCAAAAAGUUGGGUUAUAUAAGCAUUUUUCUUGCUCUUCUUCUUAGCUUUUUAGCUUAGCAUUAUACUUGUGAGACAUAUGCAAAGUUAUAAAGAAAGUAUUUCAAUAAGAUGAAUGUGAAUGUGUUUUAUUGUACAUGUUUUAGUAUUACUAUGCACUGAAGUUAUAUGAAAACCUUUCAGCCUUGUCAUUAUGGUGCAUCUCCUCAUUCCUUCCUUUUUAUUUGUCUUAUUAAUGUAAUAUAUGAUAAAUGUUCCCUGUUUAAUAAUGUAUAACUGGUAUAUGAUUACCAGCUGUGCAAGCAAGCAUGACCUACACUGUAAACUAUUUAUGUAAACAAUAAACAAAGAAAACAUUUGCCUCAAUAUGAGAUAUAAAUCGAUUGCUAUGGUCUUCUACCCUCAAUAAUGUUAAAUUUGUAAAUUCUGGUAAUGAAGAAUUCAUGCAUAAUAAACAUGU